AUGGAUACAAAACGUUUAACACCUCGUCAUGUAUUUCAAGGAGUUUUACUUUUUACACCACCAUUAAGUGAACAAAAAUUAUUAUCUUCAAGUUUAACUGUACCAUCAUGGAAUAAAAAUGCACGUUCAUCAACAAUUUCUGAUACAGUUGUUAUUAAUCAAAGUCCACGAGCAUCAACUUAUUCUCUUGGUCCUACGAAAAAAUUCGAUUUUUCACGUGCACAAAAAGUUCUUCAAUCAGAACUUACUCGUCAUUGUGCUAAAGUACCUAGAUAUGUUCGAUAUGAUUCAAAAUUAUCUAAUGAUCUUGCUUAUGAUUUAGCUCGACAAUUACGUCGAGUUAUGAAAGCAGAUAAUCUUAAUUAUACACGAUAUAAAAUUGUUGUACUUAUUUCAAUUGUACAAAUGGCACCUAGUCGACAAAUACAUCAGUCAAUGGCAAUUGUAUCAAGAUGUUUAUGGGAUCGAGAUACGGAUGGAUCAAUAACAGCACAAACUAAAUUAGGCUAUGAUAUGGUUGCUGUUGCAACUGCAUUUGCAGUUUAUACUGAUUGA